CCGGGCACUGUCACCGCCCACCCUCGAGGUCCCCGUGGCACUCUGGGCCAUCCAGUCAGUGUGCCAGUGGUGGCCGGAGAGCAGGCGACCACCACCUGACGCUCACAGCCGUAGUUGGUGUGUGGUUGGUCCCACCACUCAACCUGCUCACUUCCGUCUCCUGAGAAGCUACGAUGCGUGGGUCGUGUGUGGUCAGGGGGAACUAGUAGUGUUGAUGCUCACAGCCCGAGGCUCUGCUGUGACCUGGCUGAUUAAGUAUUGUCUUCCGGUGUUUUAGAGUGUAAACAAGACGCUCGCAGAGUGCCAGGAAGUGGCAGGACGGAGUGUUUACAUGGUUCACCAGAUAAUUGUUGCCCUGGUGGUUCAAACUUUACACUCUGACACAGAAUAAAUUGUGUCAAGUGCCUCUGUUACGGUGCCUGAAAGCAGGACAAUUUGAGUAUCAUUUUGUUGGUGAUUAAGUUCGUUUGCUUGUUAAAAACAAUUGAGAAAACUCAUCUGAUGAGUUGUUAAAAAGUGCAGACUCUUGUGAGAAAAGGGUAGGCCGUUGUAGAAAUGCGUCGAUAAGCAUCGGGUCCAGAGUCGAUGGGAGUAUUACCGCUGUGGGGGAGAGAGCUCUGGACCUCUGCUGUGAAAGAGAGCAUCUUUUCUCUGGGGAAAGUGUGCUUCCAGUGUCGGCCGCCUCCCCACACUUCAACUGGCAGAGUCCCUCAGUGCCUCACAUCAGCCAAACUUGUCAAGAUUUAGUGCAAGACUGAGAGAGGUGCCAGUGUAGUGUAGUGUAGCGGUGCAGUCGCCCAGGACAGUGCAUGUUGGAAAUAAUGAAGUCUGUUGAAGGUGUGAGGUGUGAGGGGAAAAUUACGAGGAACCCCGUGUGACCACCUCUGCCACCACCUGCACCACCUCUGCCACCACCUGCACCACCUCUGCCACCACCUGCGUCACCGUCGCCACAUCGCAAUCAUGGACAUUCUCUGGACCUACAUGGUGUCGUGGGCGGACCGCAUCAUGGCGCCGCCGCCGCUCCGACAGUUCGCGUCGACGUCGGCCAUGUCGGCGCGACAGGUGACGGAGGACACGCCGGCUGACCUACUGGAGGGCAGCAUGGACCUGACCGUCAUCCUCCCCGCCGGCCACAGGGUCAACAUGUCCGUCCACAGGAGCACGCCCAUGAUGGACCUGCUGAUCCAGGUCACCACCGCCCACAAGAUCAACCCCGGAGGUCACGUCAUCCAUGUUGUCUCCGACAACCGCCUUCUCUCCUACAAGCCCUCCACGCCCAUAGGCACCCUGGACACGUCAGUCAUCGAGAUCGUGGCCAAGAACAGGGUGAACGAGGAGGCGAGGAAGCGACGGGCCCACCUCGUCACGCAGGCCAUCGAGAAGAACAUCAGGCUCAAGGUGAACCUCCCUCGCAGCCAGCUGGCCGUCUACCGCCUCCCGCCCAAGACCCUCAUCUCUGACGUCCUCACCAUGGUGUGUAGAGACCGCUGCCUCGACCCCAACACCCAUGAGAUACGUCACCCCGUGAACGUGGACGAGAAGCUACGGGAGUCGUGCACACUCGCGGACUACCAGCUGCAGGAGGUUAGUGUGGUGCCCCGCGACUACCACGCCCCUCCGCUCUCCGUCACCGACCUCAUCACCAUGGCCGCCAUCUCCCAGCCCCAGGACACCAAGAGGCGAGGCCUCCUCUCCCUCUUCUCCAGGAAGACCAAAUCCUCGACAGGUGACAGCAGUGUGUCAUCCGGGAGUGCUGGAGAGAGGAGUGUGAGCCCUGCCCGCUCUGACGAGUCCGGUGAUGGCCGCCCCACCCCACGCCCACUCUCCCUGGCCUCCUCCUCAGCCACUCUCACCUCAACCCAACCUCAGCUCUCCCGCCCUGCCUCAGUCAUCAACCUGGCCAAGAACAGGAAGAGACAGGCGCCCGCCCCACCACCGCCCCCGCCCUCAGCAUCCACGCCCACGCCCGCACCUGCGCCACACACCAAUGGCAAGGAGGAGGGUGAGCGUGGCGAGGGCGCGGACACCAGCCUCUCCCGACGCAGCUCAGACUCUUCAGGGUACCAUGAGGCCGACCAGCGUUCUCCCUACACCAGCCCGGCAGGUUCCGAGAUAAGUAGUGCAGAAGCUGCACGCACUGCUCAGGUACCCCAGGCCACUAACCUGACUUCGGUAGUGUCCACAUCAAGCCUCUCGCUGUCUUCGUCACGGGGAAAGCGGAAAGCUCCACCUCCUCCCAAGCCACCUCCCACCCGGCAGGACGAAACCAGUCGUCCAUCUGCCAUUCCUGAAGAGUCCGAAUCUCCGGCACCCACAAAAUCUUCUUCCAAAGAAGACAUAUCCUUAGCGAAUGGGGAAGCACACCAUGAUCCCCCCCAGCAACACCAGCCAGUUAACCAACCUUCCUCCCCAACUUCCUCCCAUGUAAGCUCAGUAUCAUCACUGAGUAGUGUAGAGCAGCAUCAAGCCAACCACCCUCGCCUUCCUCCCCCGCCAGAUAUAGACUCCCCCCCGGCACCGCCCUCCUCAGAACGUACUAAUCUUGGCGCAACCCCAUCCAAUAGCCCUCAACCUACCUCUGCUACUCAUUUAUCCUCCAACAUGACACCUUCACAUCAAAGUUACGCCAACACCUACAAACCUCUUUCACCCACCGAUGCACGUAUAACUGUUGUUGCUGGAGCCACCUUGGGAAUGCAUCAUGAGGCAGCAACAGCAUUUAGUCUAAGCCACACCACAGACCGCAGCAAAUUGAAUGGCACAGAAAGUGGCAUCGUCUCUCCUGACAGGUUAGCCAAGUCUGAGGCUCUCCAGCAUCAUGGCCACAACGAUCACCCAAGUCAUACUCAAGCCGCUCAUCACAGUUCAUCCCAAGAGCUUCCCUCUACAUCUUCUGUGAGGAGUGGGAAGAAGCAGAAGCCAUCCACAGAAAUUAUUCAAGAAAGAAAUUACUUGGGUGCUAUUCAGGAUGAGAUAUCUAAAGAAAGUCGUCUUGGCUUUCCCAGUGAUGGAGUUACCUGUAGUGCCAAAAUAGAUUUUAACACAAAUGAUGCUGUAGUGCCAGAGAAUGAUAUAGAGAGUAUACCAGAUAUACCUACAUUUCGAAUUGUCACAAAGUCACAUACAGCUCUUCAGAAGGAGGAGGAUGUUGGUAAAAAAUUUAUAGCAGAUGGGAAAACUCAAAAAGUCGGUGAAGAAAGUAAGUUUGGCUCAAAGAGCAAGUCAUCUAAGAACUCUAGUAUGAAUCCUUUAGCAAGAGGCCAGAGGCUUGUCAAACAAAAUAACAUUGCAUAUGAUGAUGAUGAUUUGGACGUAAAUGAGGAUAUGUUUGAGCCCAGAAAUGUGUUUGGGAUCUCAGUGACUUCAGUAGACUUGAGUGUUGAAGGUAGCCCAGUAACUGACCAAAAUAAGCAUGCAUUAUCAUUAGCUGAAUAUCAGCAUAGAUCUUCAACACCAGUGAAAACAGCUGCACCAGUACCUACUCGAAGGAGAAAUACCCCAGAUCCACCAUCCCAUUCAGUAUCGACUAAUCAAACUAGUCAACCUAUCAAUAGUGUCACAGAUCAGCAUACUCCAUUGGUGUUGUCAAGCAUUACAAAUGAAGAAAAGCACCCAAAGCCUGUACCUCGAACUCAAAUACCACUGAAGAAAAAGGCUCCUCCCCCACCUGUAGCUGAACAAAUUGCAGAGGUUUCAACAUCUACAAGACAAGUAAUUCCUCACAAAGAAGAAUUACAAGUAUCUCAUGAUGAAUCUUCAAGUUUUGCUUUAAAAGCAAAUUGCAUCACAAGCCGUGACAUUUCUGGGUCAUCUCAUGUUUUAGAAUCAAAAGAAAUUGAAAACAUUGUCCACGAAACACAAGAAACUCCAGAUGAGGAAUUCAAAGUUCAUUUUUCAGAAUUAUCAAACGUAGAUUAUGACAUGCUUUCCUUAUUAUCUGAAGAGGGGAUUGAUAGCAUAUCUGUUUCCCCACAAUGUCGGUCACCUAGAUCCAGUAUUUCAUCUACGAAGAGCGAUUCAUCUCGAAACAAUGAGGAUGCCCCAGUUGUCCCGGCUCAAAAUGAUGAAACUGUUAAAGCUUCAAAUUCAUCUUCCACUACAUCCUCGCACAUCUCUCCUACUACAUCUUCACCUGUUCCUCCCAUGGCUGCUCUUCCUGCACAAACAACAGCAAGCAGUUAUCGAGCUGGUUAUCUGGCCAUGAUGGCAGAACUUAAAAGCUGGAAAGACUCGGAUUCUCUUCACAAUGUAGGGUUGGAAUCCGAUUCUGAUAGCUGUAACCCACGGGAUUCUAUUCAAGAACUUCCAAAAGUAAUGGGAUCUCUUCAGGAAACCCUUGAGGACUCUGCUCAGAUUUCUCAAGUGUCCUGUGAAGGGGGUCAUCGUGGAUCUUCUUUGCGACCUCGACUUGUCUCCAGCUCUUCUCUGUGCUCAGAUACAGAUCACGAAGUACAAACUCGUACUGCUAGCUUUUCCUCCGAGACAAGUGAAGAAAAUGUUACUAGUGGUAGAGUGAAGCCAAAUAACACCCCAAUUGAAGAUAACUUGCCUGGUGAAGAAUGUUUUGUUGACGUUCAAAAGAUCAAUGAAAAGGAAUUUAUGAAAAAUCUUUUAAAAGCAGACAUUAUCAGUGAACAGAAUAAUGCAAGUGAUGAACAAAGUACCACCAGUAAAAGAAAAACAGAUAACAGUAGUAUAAGUAAUAGUGAGGAUAAUUGUCAAAGUGAUAUUCAGCAAAAGAUUGCAGUUCUUACUAGAAAAGGAGAAUUUUCCAAAGAAUUCGAUGCUCCUUUGCUCAGGAAAAAUGUAUGUGAUCAACCACAAGAAAAGUCUAAUUUCACAGACAGUACAGUGGUCAGAAACACGAGUUUACAAUCGGUCUCCUCAUUGUCCGUCACUGACUCUGAAGGAGAUGACGGGGGAAAUAUAACGCAACGGCUCGCGGGAGAAUGCGAGAAACGGGAGGUGGUAAAUACGGAAGUAUUUGAAUUACCACGAUCUACUAUCAAAGCAUCAACAGGUGGGAGAACUGUCCAUGAGAGCUCUGAUACCUCACUCAACCUUAUUAAUGACAAGAACACGAGAGUCUCUUCAGGAAGCCGAAAAUCCUCAGUAUCGUCGUCGUCUUCUGCCUCAAAUGAGUCCUCUACGAACACCAGCCACAUUGAGUUGACUCCACAAGUCUCCCAGGAGGUAACUAAGAAGAAAAUAGAAAGUCAUCUUCUGGCUGCAUUUGCAGAAUUAAAAGAUGAAAGCAAAUUAUCUGAGUUGCCUUUAGAGAAACCUCCAAUGCAAUCAUCAGUGAAAAUGUUGGGUGAUUUGCCUCCUACCAGCUUGGAUAACCACUGGGAUUUCAAGCUUCCAGAUCCUCCCACGCCCUUUAAAGAUGGCCCCUCAUCUAGGGUGGCGGAUGAUUCUUCAAGUACAUCUUCCGAACCUGCACCAGAGAUUCUUACAGAUGUGCCAUCUGGGUUUAAAGAUUCUUCUGACAGCUCGCUUUCAGACUCAACAAAUGUAAAUAUUAUAGAAAGAACCAGUUUGCUGAAACAGAUGCAGGGGAGAAAGGAAACAAAUAAUUUAGUAAGUAAUGCUUCCAGCAGGAAGAGUUCUUCAUCUAGUCUUUCAUCCACAUCAUACAAGUCAGAAGAGAAAGCAAAGCAGAAUGUGAUAAAUGAAUUAAAAUCAACAAUAAAAGAAACAAAUAACAACGAACCAAGAAUUGUGGAGUUGAAACCUAAGGUUAAGGGCAUGGAAACAAUUCUUCAAACACUUAAGUCACCUAGCAAGGAGGCAACUUCAUCUGCUGCCAAGAUACAAGCAAAGGACAUUGUGACUCAAGAAAUGAUACUUCCAGCAAAAGACAUUGUCCCAGUUCAGCAUACAUAUGUUCCACAAGUUGUUGCAAAAGGUUCAGUUGAGAGUAAGAAAUCCCAUGUUUUAGAUAACCCUCCCAAGAUUAAUAAAUCAUCAAAUAGUGCUAAUUUCAGCUAUGAAAGUUAUUGCAACAGCCCUGAACCAGAAGUUGCUUCUUUACACUCUAGAUCAGGAUCAAGUACCAGCCAUGAAAGUGCUCCUCCACCUGCACCACCACUGUCGGAUUUGGAAUUUGAGGCACGAGCAUCGAGGUCGUCAUCAGAUGUGAGUGAUGGUACAACCAGAAGCACUAAGAGUAGAGUGGCUCGCCAAAACUCGGGUAGUGGGAAUGAGGCAGGUAAAAGUCGAACAAGGGCUAUGAAUUUUUCAAUUUCCACCUACACUUCCAGAUCAGAAGAAACGAGUUAUGACAAGAAAAUUACCAAGUCUGAGUCAUUUAACCACCAGGUGAAACCAAAGUUGGGUCAGUUAUCUAAAAUGGAUUCUAUGUCAACACAACCCAAGUCUGAUGAACUUAAAGAAGACAAGAGAGAUGAAGCUGCAAACAAUGAAACAUCCAUUACCUCUAUGCCCUCCAUUGACUUAGAAAAGCCAUCACUUCCCAAAAAACCACAUUGGAGUGAAUUUUCCUCGGCACCUGUGAAACAUUCCCCAUUCCUAGUAAAACCUGCUCAUUCUGCCAAACCUUGUUUACCACCAAACAAACCCACACUCUUUGGAAUGCAUUCAGAAACCAGUCUCAACAUAAAUCAACCUGUAGCCCGUGUCAAUAGCUUGGGUGAUAGGCCUGCCAUAUAUCGUAACAGCAGAGACAGCCAUUUUCCUGCCCCUGAUCCUCCUCGUCCACUACGUAGGCUUAAGAGAACAGACAAUCAAGAACAACUUGAACGUACUACCUCUCUCAUCAAUCUUGCAACCCCCAACUAUGAACUCAGAAAAGCUCAGUCUUCUCACGAUGUUUCUUAUGGGAGUGGUGGUAAUGAUAAUGGAGGUGGGAAUGGAAUGUCUGGUAUGCCAGGGAUGCCUGGGAUGCCAGGGAUGCCAGGAAUGUUCAGCAUGCAAAGCAUGGGAGGCGAUGAUAUGAUGCCCCACGAUGCCCGACUGGCAGACGAAUUCAUGAAGCUCCAACAGGAUUUCUUCAAGUGGCAGCAACAGCUGCUACAGAACCAACACGUGCUACAUAGUCGAGUGGCACCCCUCGCCUCCAACCCUCCACAGCUGCAGAGUGUCGGGGUUUUACGUGACAUAAUGUCGCAGACACCAACUAGUGCUAAUGGCGGACCAGAGCUCGUUGAGGCACGUAAUCCUUCUGUAGAAAAAAAGGGGCCAGUGGAGCGAGUCAUCAACAUACAGUUUGAAGAUGGUCCAAGAGAAACAGAUGAUUCUCAAGUACGCACCUCUAUACCUCGCCUGAAUCAGAAUGUGCAUAAUAUCACCACAAACAUGGGCCAGCUAUCAACUAAUGAUUUUGGAAGGCCCAGCAAUGUACAACCAAGGAGGUGGGGUGAGGAGCCUAGUGUAAGUGUUGGAGCAUGGAUGGAACGACCUCCUCAGUCUGUGGGAGUAUACCAAGACCGUGACUAUGUUACAUCAGCUCCACGUUCACAAUCUACUCAAGACCUCUCCUCUCCUCCACCUGUAUCGGAGGAACGUCAAAGAACCCCUCCUCGCACUACAUUCAUAGGUCCUAGAGGUUACUCCCGUCCUGCAGACUCGGUCAAACCUGAAACUAGGCCAUACCAAUGGCCUCCACAACAGCAGCAGGAUCAGGUUACUCAGCCACUACAGUAUCAGUUUCUCCCACCUGAUCAGCAACAACAGUUUGUUCAGUUUGUGCAACAGCAACAACCACAACAGCAGUGGCAACAGCAACAACCACAACAGCAGUGGCAACAGCAACAGCCAAUGCAGCAACAGCAAGCACAACCACCACCACCAAAGCCUCAAUUUGUACAGCAGCAACAGCAGCCACAGCAACAAUCUUGGCAACAACCACAGCAGCCACAGCAACAACCACAGCAGCAACAGCAGCCACAACAACCACCACGGCAGCAGCAACAACAGCCAAAGCCGCAGAUUGUACAGCCUCAGCAACAACAGCCAAAGCCGCAGAUUGUACAGCCUCAGCAACAACAACCAAAGUUUGUACAGCCACAACCAGACAAGACUGCCUUUUGGCGAGAACUAGAAGAAAAACGUCAAGAUUUGGGUAUGCAGAAUGAUCAGGAAGUGUCUGAACCCACCCGACCUCCUCGCCGAAAUUCCCGUCAAGAUUCUCCUCCACAGGACCCUGAGGUAACAAGGCCUUUAACAUAUUUUGGUCAGCAGGCAGUUGUGCAUGAACCUCCACCGCCAUACUAUUAUAAUGGAGAUAACAGCUCAGUUCCUCCAAAGAUAGCAAACGCUGCUUCAGUAACAAUACCAAAGGAAGUGGAACCCGAGGUUGGAGGACCACGUUAUACUUCUGUAGUAACACUAUCGGACAAAAAUGAGCAACCCGCUGGGGCACCUCCAGUGAAGGACAAAGUGAGGUCAGUAGUUCAACUUAACAAUGAUCAGAGGGGGCAGCCACGAACGGCUCCGGUAGUUCGAGGAUUUAGACAACCAGGAGAAGAACCACCAAAUCAAGGAGGCACAAUCCAUAGCAGAAUUGUAUCAAAUGCAUUGAAGAGUUCACAGCCUUCACAACCACAGGCCCGUUCAUCUGUCUCUCCUCCUUCUGUGAAUGGUUCUGUACCAACUGCUUUGUCAACUCAAGGACCAGAGGCACCUACAUCUGCAAGGCUAGUUGCUGCUGUUCCAAAAGCCCCUCUACCAUCUCAAGGUGUUACCCGUAUCUCACCACCUCGUACAUCACCAUCUCGUAUUUCACCCCCACGCACCUCGCCUGUUCGCACCUCGCCUACACACACCCCACCUUCCCGUGUCAGUCCACCUUCUGGCCCAGCAUUUCCUAUUGUGCAACUUCGACCUGUACCAGCUGGCUUGAGAGCUACAACACCCCCAGAAUCCUCAAGCACUGCUCCACCACAACUGCCAGCUAGUGCUGCUGCUAUUUCUUCAGCACCAGGAAAUCAAUUUAGCAGUGUGCCUCCACCACCACCUCCAGCACCCCCUAUGGCCCCACCACCACCACCUCCAGCACCAAAAGCAAUGAGUGAAGAAAGACGUACUGCAUCGGGAAAGAAAAUAAUUUCGUCAAAAACCGGACCAGAAUUGGAUGCUCGUGAAGAACUCAUGAUGGCCAUCAAGAAUCAUGGAGGUAUGAAAUCACUUCGGAGAACACGUAUAUAAGUGUGUUUUCAUAAUUGAGAUUAAAUGCAAAACAUAAUGGUGAGUAAUCCAAAUUUUGUAUUGGUCAUGAUGUAAAACAGAAAAGACUAAUGUGAUUAAAUAGCUACUAACCCUCAGUGAAAAAGAAAACAGGUAGCAUCCUUGAUACAGUACCUUGAGUACUUGAGAAGUGCUGUAUGGUAUAUUGGUUUUCAGUUAUGAUUUAAAAGGCAUUUUUUGCCUUUUGGAAUGAGUUUCUGGUAUAUUCUCCAUAUUGGACAUUGUAACUAUGUAUUUUGUAGUUUCUGUAGACCCUUACUUCAUUGAUGCUCUGGUUCAGUGCUGAACUUUGUAUAGUCUUGUACAGUAUAUUAUAUCAGUUUUGUAGAUACAAUAUUUUGAAGGUAUUAUAUUACAAUAUCUUGCUAAAUGAAUAUAUGAAAAACAUAUGUUAAACUCAACCAUUUAGAAUGUUUAUUUUUGAAUUAGCACUUGUAAUAGUGCUUCUGAGUUAAUACUUGUAAUGAUACUCAGUUAUAUUAUUGGUGCUGCUGUAUGUAGAUUUUUAUACAGUACAUUGUUUCAGUGAUAUUUAAAGGAGAUUUUGUUAGUUUUAAUAAAAUCAGGCCAUUAUAGCCUUGGAACAUAAGUAAUUAUAAUAAAGGUUUUCAUGAGUGCAUAACCAUUUUGAUUACUUUUAUUUCUAAGCUUUUCAUUUAAGGUUACAUAUUUCUUUCAUAUAAGUAUCAGAGCAGUAUUUGAAUUCAUGUACAGCCAUCUUCGAAAAUCUGUCGUUCUUAGCUUUAUCCUUACAAUACUGAGUGAAUCAAAUAUAGUUUCUCCAGUGGUAUCUUGUCAGUCAUAAGGACAGAACUGUUCUUGUGACAAGACAAUUGUUUUUGGCCAAUUAAUGUAUGUUAUGCUUUACAUUGUUUUCUGUUAUUAUUUUGUUUACACUUCAAUAUACACAUUUCUGUUGCUAUGUACAUAAUGUAGAAGUAUAUUUUCUCCAAUAAAUUUUAUUGGAAU